GACGUCACGGCAGUCGACGCUUUGCCCCGCAGUAUAUGUUCAGACUGCGCGCCGGAAAAGCUCCACGAUAGCCAAUAACUAGCGCAAAUCCACACUUAUGUGCGGCAUGUAUUCGUUCAUAUCGCGUGGAUUCGAACACGGAUUGGAAGAUCUCUUGUGAAGAGUCUGAAGCCAGAAGGACUCGCAGAGCAACGUUUGUAAAAGUGAAACUGGCGGCUUUGGCUUCCCAACUAGGCUAACAUCAGGCCCGACUAGCAUUAGCUGUGGAGCUUACUUACUUUGCGUGGACAGCAAAACAAGGAAUGAGUGAUGACCUCUGUGGUUGUAUCAGAUGGAGGAGGUAAUAUUGUGGAGUAUGUUACCAUGGUGGAGGAGCCACAACAGUGUGAGCCACAGCCAGCUGAGGAGGAGGAGGAUGACGAAGUAAUUCAGCAGGAGGUAGAGGCAGUAAUUGUGGGUGGAGGUGACGAAGUAGAGGAAGAGGAAGGUGUGGAAGUGCAGGAUGAUGGCUGCCCCGCAGUGAUCGUAGAGGAGGUGCCUAAUGCACAAGUGGAAGAGUGUUACUCUGCACAGGUUCUGGUCUAUGAUGACGAGACUUACAUCAUGCAGGAUGUGGCUGAAGAGCAGGAGGUGGUCACAGAAGUGGCAGAGACUGUGGAGAUGUCGGGUCAGGACGUGGUUUGUUUUGAUAAAACCUUUGAAGCAGCUGAAGCUCUUCUGCAUAUGGAGUCUCCUGGAGGACUGCAUGACCGCAAUACAGCAGAAGAUGUGAUGAUGGAGACAGUGGUGGAGGUUUCUACAGAGUGUGGAUCAUUAGAGGAAGAGGAAUCCUUCCCAAUCCCACCUGAUUGUGAACCUGCUGCCAAGAGGAAGAGAGGAGGUGGACGUAAGAUAAAGAUGCAUCAACCUACAUCCAAUGGCUCCUUUGACAUGGGGAUGAAAAAGAGGCAGAGGGAGGGAAAAGGAAAUACCACCUACCUGUGGGAGUUUCUUCUGGAGCUAUUGCAGGACAAAAACACCUGUCCUAGAUACAUUAAGUGGAUGCAAAGAGAAAAGGGCAUCUUUAAAUUGGUUGAUUCCAAGGCGGUGUCCAAACUAUGGGGGAAACACAAGAACAAGCCUGAUAUGAACUAUGAAACAAUGGGCCGAGCCUUAAGAUAUUAUUACCAGCGUGGCAUCCUUGCAAAGGUGGAGGGUCAGAGGUUGGCCUACCAGUUUAAAGACAUGCCAAAGAACAUUCGAAUCAUUGAUGAUAAUGAUGAAGGUGAAGACAGCGAGAGCAUGUUGUCCAGCCAGCAAGGUUCAGAAAUCCUGGGUGCAAACGCCCCUGCUGCCUCCCACGCUCAACAAACCUAUGUCACCAUCAUCCCCAGUAAUACUACCACCAGGUCCAUCCGCACCAUGCCUGUGGUGAUGACUAACUCUCUUGGCCAUCUUACAUUAAACUCCUCCCCAGUACUAACCACGGCUGCAGGAGCUCCAGUUACAGUAGCCAGCGCUAGUGCCGCUCCAAAACUUGUUAUUCAGGCCGUACCCACCAUGCUGCCUACAGGCUCCAAAGCAGGUGACAAAAUAACAAUUAUCACCAUCCCAGCAAACCAGCUUGCUGCAUUCAUGCAGGCAAAUCAAUCAGGCCAGCUGACCCAGCUCGUACAGGCCAAACCUGCCCCUACAAAUCUUUCUCAGGCUGUCACGAAAGCAGCCACCACAUCCAUGGUCCAACUGGCAACGGGCACAUCGGUGCCACAGCUCAUUCUAGCCAAACCGCAGAUUUCUGUGCAGCAUGUCCAAAGUCCCACCCAACUAAAGAAGCCUUCCACAACACAAUCAAAUGUCCCGUCCCCCUCCAGUCAACCAGCAGCACCAGAAGAAAGCUCAGCUUCCUGAGAACUCAAAUUUGAGCUGAUAAAGUGUGGGGGGAACAUGACAGACUGUAAAAGCUGCCCUGGAAGGCAAGUCACCCACCCCACCCCAUCACACAGCACCACUCUUUGACUGUCACGGACUGUUCUCGUUAAGGAAACCAAGAUAGGAUAAAAGGGACUCCUAUUGAACAGAAGCUCAAAGUAGGUGGGCAGCCUUAGUUUGUAAAUGAAGCAGUUGCUAUUUGUAUUCAAACAGUAUCUCACAUACAUUGCCUGAAAAAUGUAUUGUUAUAAAUGUAAAUGUACAGAGCAUUUUGAUACGCAGCAGGUGUUUCUUUCCUGUUUGAGUUUGUUUAGAUCAAUUCAUCUUUGUUUCAUUUUACUGUCCAAAGCCCUUCCCCUUCACUGUUGGUCACAAAUACAGUGUCUUUUUUUGUACUGCCAUUUAAAAAGGGAGUGAAAAGAUGUCUAGACCCAAAUAAAAUAACUCAGACUUGUGCUUUA